AUGCCAUCUACCAAGAGCACGGCCGCGAAGCAGCGCGCCGCCAAGGCCGAGGUUCUUGAGGUUCAGUCACUGUCGUCGCAAUCAGAUGCAAGCAGGGACAGUGACAUCGCGGAGGAAAGCGACGAGGGCAGCAACUCGGAUUCAGACGCCCUGGAUAGCGAUGCGCCAAGGAAGAAACGCAAGGUCAGCGUGGAUGUAGAGGUCGACCCUGAAGAUGAUGAGCCAUAUCAAACCUCUGCCAUAUCGUCUAUUCAGGCACCAUCUCGUAUCAGGAAGAAGACAGCGGAGCCCCCAAAGGUGAAGCCAGAUGCUACAGCAGGCGUUAAACCGGAGACCACUACAACUUCUGUUCCAGUCGAUCCCAACACUACUUUCGAUUCUCUCAAGCUGCGGCCAUGGCUAGUCCAGUCCCUGGCCAACAUGGCCAUCAAACGGCCCACUGGCAUUCAGAAGGCCUGUAUCCCCCAGAUCCUAAAGGGGCGUGAUUGCAUCGGAGGAAGCCGUACAGGUUCAGGAAAGACUGUGGCCUUUGCAGCCCCUAUUCUGCAAAAACUUGCAGAGGACCCCAGCGCGAUAUUUGCCGUGAUCUUGACGGCGACAAGGGAACUGGCUCUGCAAAUCAUGGAGCAGGUGAAAGCGAUUUCAGCAGCACAGACCGUAAAGGCUAUCUUGAUCACUGGGGGAGCUGAUAUGCGGUCACAAGCGAUCGCCUUAGCUCAGCGUCCACAUGUGAUUGUUGCGACCCCGGGCCGUUUGGCUGACCACAUCAGGAGUUCUGGUGAAGAUACCUGGGGCGGCCUGCGACGAGUCAAGUUUCUAGUACUCGACGAGGCGGAUAGGUUGCUUACUUCAGGGGGUCCGGGCUCUAUGCUACCUGACAUUGAGGAGUGCCUUGCAGUCCUUCCGCCGUCAGUGGAAAGGCAGACACUGCUCUUUACUGCAACGAUGACACCUGAAGUACGAGCGCUGAAGGAUCUGCCCCGUAAACCAGGAAAAGAGGCGCCAUUCGUUUGUGAGGUUGACACGCAGGUACUCGCCAUCCCAGCAACGCUCAAUCAGAUGUACAUCCAAGUACCCGUCACCCACAAGGAGCACUAUCUGCACAUGUUCCUGCUCACUGAUGUCAACGUUGAGAAGUCUAUUAUCAUUUUCUGCAACAGGACGAGUACCGCCGAGUUUCUGCAUCAUCUGCUCCGGUUACUAGAUCACCGGGUAACCUCACUGCAUUCAAAGCUACCCCAGCGCCAAAGAAUAGACAAUCUUGGUCGUUUCCGAGCAUCUGCAGCACGGAUAUUAGUUGCGACCGACGUAGCUGCCCGAGGUCUUGAUAUCCCUGAGGUGUCCCUAGUGAUCAAUUAUGACAUCCCUCGAGACCCAGAUGACUACAUUCAUCGGGUUGGUCGUACGGCUCGAGCUGGGCGGAAGGGUGACGCUGUCAGCUUCGUCGGGCAGAGGGAUGUUGACCUCAUCCUGGCCAUCGAGAAGCGCGUCGGACGACCUCUGGUAGCAUGGGAGGAGGAAGGGGUUAACCUUGAGACCAGAGUCAUCCGCGACGCGCUCAAGGUUGUCAGUGAGAAGAAGAGAGAAGCACUACUGGAGAUUGAGGAGCACAAGGAGGUGGGUGGAAAGAGGAAGCGUGGCAUGCAGAAGCUACGGGCUGAAUAG